AUAUAUAUACGCAGAUGUGUCAUAUCUCGUAACGUUAAAAGCUUAUCACCUAGACUGUGAGAGGAAAAAAAAGAGAGGACAAAAUGCGAAAAUGGCAGUCGGCGAGCAGCCAAAAUUUACCAUCGACGAGUAAGCAGCAACCAUCCCAUGAGACGAUCUGCUUAGAGACUCACACCUGGCAUGCAAAACGUUUUCACAUGAUCGACAAGUGGGGAUAUAAAAUUCCACAUUAUUUAAAGGACAAGAGCUCUAAAGUCAGUUACAAUGCUGCAACAAAAAACUGCCUUUUACAAGAUAUUUCUUACUAUACCUGUAUCGAAAUAGUAGGAAAGAAAAAUUUGUUGGAAGCAACUUUGAAGGAACAUUGUAAUCCGAAAAAAACUUUUGCUGCAAAGAUGUACACCGAUGGGCAAAAAGAAGGUAUGGUAAUGUUCUUUAAAAAGAAUGGCUAUCCACAGUUUCCUAUUGGUAAUGUGAACUUUUUCUGGAAGCUAAGCUAUACAAAGAAAAAAACCAUUUGGAUAUGGGUACAUCCUGCUUUUUAUAGUGAUUUUCUUAGUGAGAUUAUAUCUAGUUUUGAGUUUAAACACAAUAACGCGGAACAAAAUAAAACUGACAUUUCACACAAUUUAAAUGAUAUGUACACAAAUGACGCAGGCUGUAAAAUGCUUGUAUUAAAAUAUGCAUUAAAUAGAUUCAGACUUUCUGGGCCAACAGCUUUAACUGUACUAAAAGAAGCAUUACAUGUACCAUCUCUAAUUGAACUAGAUUUAGAUUCGAAAAAUUGCCCUAUGACAAAAGAACAGUAUAGCUCGUUAAAUGAAAAAUUAGAUACAUCAACAGGUAAUAAUGUCUCUGUGCAACCUGUGGAGAAAAUGGUAAUUGAUGAAAAUGAAAAAGAUACCAAAGGUUUGACUAUACAAGAUCGUAAGGAAAUAAUGUGGCAUACUAAAUAUUAUAAAAAAAGAGAAAAUAUAGAAGCUUUUAAGAUACAAAAGCAAAUGUGGCAAUCGUUGAAGGUUUUGGAAUCACCACGUUUUCCGUUACCAACAUAUAUUAUUGCAUUAACCGUUUUAGAUCCACGCUUUUAUUUACCUGUAAGAAGCACGAAAACUGAGAUUCCUUCAUCUGCUGAAAACUUACAUUCUCAGUUAUCAAAUAACUUAAAUCGUUCUCCUAUUUGGAAUGCACAAAUACGUCAGAUCGUAAGCAGUUCUUGUGUGUCCAAACACACAAUCGACAAGAUUGAACUUGGUAUGUCAGAUAAUCCAUAUUUCAGUAAGGAUGCAAAAAUACCGAUACUUCUUAUACAGAAACCAGCAGUAACUUCUUCAGGUUUAGGUUCCAGGAUAGAUAUUAUUAUACCAUCUAGAUGGGCAAUGGCAUUUUGGAUGGCACUUUUAAUGCGAUCUCCAUUAGUAGGCGGACUUCGAGAAACCAAAUUAGUAGUUUUUGAAAGUUUAGAACCAUAUGGACCUGAUAUUAAUGAUCCCGACACUCCUGCUUACAGAGAAGAAGCGUCGACAAGAAAGGAGGAAUUAACCAAUGAAUAUUUUUCUCAUUCGCCAAUCCAAAGAGUUAACUUUAUCAAAUUUGGCAUUUGGAGUCCUUUCUUCUGCGAUUGGAAAAAUUUAACCAAAGACUGGUCGGACGUUGAAGAUUUUUACGUUCUGAGACACUUUAGACUUUUAGCACUUUUAAGAACAGUAAUUAAAACUAUUGAACAUAAGAAUGCAAGGUCCAAAUCAACUGUCCAAGGGUCACAAUUCGAUUUUCGAGAAUUCGAUGAAUAUCAAAAUUGCCUGGUACAAGUCAAAUUGUCGAUAUUGAACAUAGGAACGUUGGAUGAUUUCGCGAUCAUAUGUAUACCAACACCCAAUGAUUUGCGAAGUUUCGAAAAUAAUGAAAAUUAUGAUGGUCCUAUGGAAAAAUGUCACACCGAUCGGAAUGAAGAGUACCGCAAAAUAUUACGUAGAUUACACUUAAUGGAAUUGGAACAACUAAGACACAAAGUUAAACUAAGGUACAGAGUUAAACGGAAGAAAACGUCCCAAGAUAAUGUAUUGCCGGAGGAAUUUGAUGACAUUCAUGACGAGAUUAAUAGUGCAAAACGUCAGAAAAUGAUAUCAGAUCAUGCGGAAGAAAUGAGAAAAUUGUAUCUCCCAGAAUCGACGGAGGUUCGCCAUUCCUGCGGUAGAGAAGUCAUGGGAUACGUAACGAUGGGCGGUUAUUCAUUUCUUCGUAGGAAAUUUAUUGGCAUCGGAUAUGUCACAUUACCUUCGCUACUCAAAAUUAUUCGCAAAAAGUCUAACAUUGUUCUCGUUAGGAAUAAUAAAGAACUACAGUAUAGAUUUGUACGAUUAGAAAUAUUAGUAGAUAUUAAUAAGAGAUGUAAGUAGAUAUUAAUUAUUAGUAGAUAAGUGUGCGUCAUAAGUAUAUUUUUAUUUUAUGUAUAUUUUAUCUUAUUACCAGAGUCCGGAUCUCAGGGCCGUUUCUCCCACUCCUAGUGCAUGCUAGCAGCCGAGCGCCCCGAAAAACAGUACCGUCUAUGAUCUAUGCCGGUGUUGUAAUGAUAGCAAAGGGAGCACCAUCG